AUGUCUACGCGGAACCAUCUCCUAGCGUUGCUCCUCCUUGGAGUGGUGACUCUCACCACCCCCACUACCUUGGCCGAUUACCACAAGCGUCCCUUCUUUGCGAAGCCACCAACACCUCUUCACAAGCCUCCUCCAAUAGAGAAGCCACCCGGUCCAGUUUAUAGUCCACCGGAGAAAGAGAAACCACCACCAACUCCUGUGUACGCACCACCCAAAGGGGAGAAAUCACCACCGAAGACCAAGCCACCAACUCCUGUUUACACUCCCCCCAAGGUGGAGAAACCUCCACCAACUCCGGUGUACACACCCCCCUAA